AUACUGUAGCUUUCAUCUGCCUCACAGAGGAAACUAGGAAAAUGAGAAGGAGUCUGGCUCCCAGUCAGGUUGCUAAACGAAAGCAAGGAGGAGAUUCCUGUGAGGAGGAUGAGUGGACAUGUACAACUGAGAAGAGGAAGAAGAGCAAUAAAGACACGAGAGAAAUCCAUAUCUCUCCUUUCAGAAAGCCUCUGACACAGCUGAGUAACCGACCUCCAUGUAUGGAUGGUGACAAGCAUGAGGAAUUUAUUCGCAGUAUACUCUCCAAGCCAUUUAAAAUUCCCAUUCCAAAUUACACAGGCUCUUUGGGAAUCAGGGCACUCGGUCUAAAGCGUGCGGGAGUAAGGCGAGCACUUCACGAUCCAUUUGCAGAAGAUGCACUGGUUCUCUAUGAGCCAUUAGCUCUGAGUGCUCAUGACCUGAUCAAAGCAGACAAAGACAAACUACCAGUCCACGUUGUUGUGGAUCCAGUUCUAGGAAAAGUCCUCAGACCACAUCAGAGAGAGGGGGUGAAGUUCCUGUGGGAGUGUGUGACGGGCCGACGCAUCCCAGAGUCUUAUGGCUGCAUCAUGGCUGAUGAGAUGGGCCUGGGGAAGACUUUGCAGUGUAUCGCCCUCAUGUGGACGCUGUUGCGCCAAAGCCCUGACGCCAAGCCAGAGAUAGACAAGGUCAUCGUAGUCUCACCGUCCAGUCUCGUUCGCAACUGGUACAAUGAAGUAGGAAAGUGGCUGGGAGGACGUGUCACACCAGUGGCCAUCGACGGAGGGUCAAAGGAGGAGAUAGACAGAAAACUAUUGAACUUCAUCUCUCAGCGAGGUUUGAGAGCACCAACUCCAAUCCUCAUCAUCUCAUAUGAGACAUUUCGUCUGCAUACUGAGGUUUUGCACAAAGGCAAAGUUGGACUUGUGAUCUGUGAUGAGGGCCAUCGGUUGAAAAACUCUGACAAUCAGACAUACCAGGCCUUAAAUGCCAUGAGUGCACAGAGGAGAGUGCUGAUAUCAGGCACUCCUAUCCAGAAUGACCUGCUAGAGUACUUCAGCCUGGUCCACUUUGUUAAUGCUGGGAUCCUCGGGACAGCACAGGAGUUUAAAAAGCGGUUCGAGCUUCCCAUCCUGAAGGGUCGAGACGCAGAUGCCAGUGAUAAAGACAGGCAGGCUGGAGAGGAGAAACUCAAGGAGCUGAUCAGUAUCGUCAACGGGUGCUUGAUAAGGAGGACAUCUGAUAUCCUGUCGAAGUAUCUCCCUGUGAAAAUAGAGCAGGUUGUCUGCUGCAGGUUGACACCUCUGCAGACAGAACUCUAUAAGCGCUUCCUGAGGCAGGCCAAGCCCGUUGAAGCAUUACAGCAAGGCAAAAUCAGUGUGUCCUCCCUGUCUUCCAUCACAUCACUCAAGAAGCUGUGCAAUCACCCAGCUCUCAUCCAUGAUAAGUGUGUUGAGGGGGAAGAAGGCUUCGAGGGGGCGCUGGAUCUGUUUCCACCUGGCUACUCCACUAAAGCUGUGGAGCCUCAGCUGUCUGGGAAAAUGCUGGUUCUGGACUACAUUCUGGCGAUGACAAGGACCACAACCAGUGACAAGGUGGUGCUGGUCUCCAACUACACUCAAACACUGGACCUCUUUGAGAAGCUGUGCAGAUCUAGAAGAUACCUCUAUGUUCGACUGGAUGGCACAAUGUCCAUUAAGAAACGGGCAAAGAUUGUGGAAAGAUUCAACUCUCCAUCUAGCCCAGAGUUCAUCUUCAUGCUGAGCAGCAAGGCUGGUGGAUGUGGCCUCAAUCUGAUUGGUGCUAAUCGCUUGGUGAUGUUUGAUCCUGACUGGAACCCUGCCAAUGACGAGCAGGCCAUGGCGCGGGUUUGGAGAGACGGCCAGAAGAAGACCUGCUUCAUCUACAGACUGCUCUCUACGGGUACGAUAGAGGAGAAGAUCUUACAGAGACAGGCUCAUAAGAAGGCUCUGAGCAGCUGUGUGGUGGACGAGGAGCAGGAUGUGGAGCGUCACUUCUCACUGGGUGAACUCCGAGAACUCUUCACUCUUAAUGAAGAGACCACCAGUGACACGCACGACAGGUUUCGCUGUCGGCGCUGUGUGAAUGGCAGAGAGGUCCGGCCUCCUGCAGAUGAUGCUGACUGUACCAGCGACCUCUCCCAGUGGAACCACUGCUACGACAAGAAAGGCCUGAAGGACCCAGUGCUGAAAGCCUCGUGGGACGCUGCCGUCUCCUUCGUCUUCCACCAGUGCUCUCACGAAGACCAGAGGGGGGUCGUAUAGCAUGAGGAGCACA